AUGAUCGUUCUCGACAAGGAAUUUACAAUUCUGGGCCAUACUUUGAUGGAGUUUCCGGCUGUUGAGUCCAUGACAUGGAGCUACCAACAACGUCAAUAUCAGCGCACUAUCGAUGCUGCAUCACAUGGUGAUUCUCCGAAAGAAGAUUACACGGCUCUCAAAGAAUCACGUCACCAUCAGGACUUUGCGAGUCAAGUUUGCCACACGUCAAGCUACUUGUACGUGUGGUUGCCUACCCUAAAUAACGGCAACGUUGUCAUUGGUGAACCAGAUCCCAUUGCACGGAAUUUCAGUCUGCUCUCACCACCACUCAACGACAAUUUCAAAGCUGAGCAGGACAGCUUCAUCAAAACAUGUACCAUGGUCGAGAUGGCCCACCUUGUUUACUUCGACAGUGCUCCACAUGAGAGUGAUGACAACUAUCACGAAACGAAGCUAUCUGGCCAGUUUACCACUUUUGCGACUCCGUUUGCAGACUUAUUGCUCUCGAUUUGUUCAUCCCUCACAGAACAUGGAGCUGACCGCCGUGGCAAGCAAUACAGCAAGGAAACGUCUUUUUGCUCCGAUUCCCCGUCUUCCUCAGGCUCCGCAACUUCCAAUGAACAGAAAUGCGAGCCGAAGCAAGAGGAGAAACAAGGCCCGAAUCAAGGCCCGUAUGGGUUACUGACAAGACUUGACGAGGACAUGGACGUCGACAUGGCUGGUGAACCUGACGCCCAAGAACAGCUUCUGCUGACAGCGGCACCACACGCCUCUCACCUUCCUCCUGCUGAGCCUCAGUAUAUGUAUCCAGACAGCAGCGGCACUGUGCUUUCUGCAGAUGUUACUGGCGAAGUGUCGGCACAUGAGUACGUCUACGACUUCAGACAGCGCAAAGUACGGGACGUUGCCACGCCAAUUGGAAACAAGACAAAUGACGCCAAACUCCACGACAAAUUCGUCCAGUACAUGCGGGAAAGUGAGCCCAAGGACUUGGAGCAUGCCUUAGCUCCCUUUAUCGGAACCGGGCACUUUGCUUAUCAUCCCGUGCUGCUCGAACUGCAUGGCAUGGAGGCAGACAACCAUUUUGGUCCGAUGACGCGUGACGAGAUGGCCGACGAUCUCCCGGUUCUUCGAGAAUCCGUCUGCAACGACUAUUUGCUUCGAUUCACUUCGUAUACAUGCAAAGCGAACCAAAAGACUUCGACAGACUCGAACCGAUCGUAUUGA